UUUCGCAAAAGUAUUGUUUUCGUUCGGUUAAUUUGCCAGAUGUUAAUUAAUAUGUCUUCCAAAAUUACUCCUUUGAAGAUACUAUCAUUGAAAACGCUUUAUACAUCCAAAGAAAUUACCAUAAUGGAGAACUACGGCUAUAAAUAUAGAAAAUAUAUCGAUUUUAAGGGAGGAUUUCUUUUAUUAAUGCUGGAUAGAACUGGGCGCGAAGUAACUGUAAGAAUUAGGAAUAAAGUUAGUGACGGAGAAAGAUUAUUUUGGCCACUUCUGUCUCAUCCAAAUAUUUUGAUAUUGAUACAAGCGCUAAAUAUCUCAAAGGAGAUGUACGCCUUCAUCAUGCCAGCGUGCCUGUGUACAUUAGAAGAGAGGUUAAAGAUGUCUAGUAUAUGUAAAAAGUCAUGGGGAUAUUUAUUAUGUAAAAAAUGGAUCAGAGAAAUCUUGGACGCAUUAUCUUAUUUACAUGAUAACAAGUUAUAUCUUGUCAAUUUGCAAAUAGAAACCAUCAUGUUGUCUAGUUAUCUGAAUGCCAUGAUAUCAGAUUUUACUUCAUUGACAGAUAUGGAGUACAUCGUUGAUCCUCUUCAGUUGAAAUUAUCAAAUUAUGAAUUUCGAGACAUUAUUACCAAAACUGGUACAUAUUCAACUGCCAAACUAGAUCUAUGGGAAUUUGGGAUAUUUGCAUUGCAAGUGAUAACUCGAGGAGGAAUUAAAGAACUAAUAAAGCGGUACAAUUAUGAAAAUGUUAUUUGUGAUCAAGAAAGACUGCGUACAAUACUACCCAAUAUACUAGCCGAUCCAAUCGACUUUAAGAAAAUCUUGAAACAUUUUCAUCCUUAUUCGAGUGACGUUACCAUUCAAGACGCUGCUUUGUGCCUUGAAUUUUUAUCAUGUUUCCUCAUAGAAGAUAAUCAAACAUCCAUUACACUUCUAGAUGGUUUGGAGCAUGUAUAUCUUCAACCGUGGAAAGACUCAGAACUAAGAACUAAAUAUGAGACUUGCAGAUGUUAUAACAGUUCUAAGUACAGAAGAUAUCAUACAGCACCAUGUUACAGAGGUUCAAUGAAAGACAGGAUUUGUGCUGUUCAGCAUGGAAAUAAUUUUCAACAGUCCACGAACCCGUUAGAAAAAGAUGGAAGUAAAGUAAAUGCCGGACUUUGGGAGCGCAUUAAAAGUUUCUUUCUAACUCAUGUUUUAACAAAUUGUGCCCAUUUUGAAUACAGUGACUCUUGUAGUAACUCGACAGUUAUCGAUAAAUAAAUUAAA